AUGGUAGGGUUUUGGAUGAGUGAUGAUGGUGAAUGGAUGAUUGGAUUGAUGGAUUGGAGGAUUGAUGGAGCUAGGGUUUCGAAUCAAGAAGAUGAUUGUGAAUUGUUCUUGAUUCGGGUUGUAGAGAGGAUGAUAGAUGGAAUGGUGAGAUAUGCUGCUAUUAAUCUUGAUGGAAAAGCUAUGAAAUGGCAUGCUGCUUUUGUUAAACAGUUAACUAAACCAAUAACAAAUGUUGCUUGGUUUGAAUAUUCUAGUAGUAUUGUUGAAAGUUUUUCUACGAAUCAAUUCAAUGAUCCUAUGGGAAUUCUGACUUCUACUAUUCAAAGUGGUGAAUUAGAAGAGUUUUGUGAGAGGUUUGAUGAAAAUUUGUUGAGAGUUAACAUUUGUGAAGAGUAUGUUGUUAGUAUAUUCUUGAAUGGCCUUAAACCAGAUUUGGCUGGUUUAGUAAGGAUGUUUGAACCAAAAACAAUGAAAGAAGCCUAUAAAUGCUCAAAGAAACAAGACAUGGCCAAUAAGAAUUUAUCAAGAACCAAAUCCUAUUCAAACCACUCCAGUAAAUUCUACCCAAGUCCUACACCUGUAUCAGCCAAUAAACCAAACACUAUACCCUUUUCAACUUAUAAACCUAAUACAACUCAUUCAUCAAAUAUGAAACCACCAGUCAAUACCAAUCAUUUACCCUUAUUACCCACACCACCAACUAAUCAAAGGCUGACCAACAACAAUAAAAACAGAUUGAAUCUACCCAACAAAGAGAUGGAGGCCAAAAGAUUGAGAGGGGAAUGUUUUUGGUGCCCAGAAAAGUUCUCAUCCACUCAUAAAUGUCCUAACAAACAACUUUAUGUACUAGAAAUAGAGGAUGAGGAUGAGGGUGUUGAUGCUGAAUGUCAAGAUGCAGUAGAUACUAUGAUUGAUACAACAACAAAUGACCCUCUUAUUUCUAUCCAUGCAUUGACUGGGGUACCAUCUUUUUCUACCAUGCAAGUGGUUGGUAACAUUGGUACCAAAACCUUACAUAUUCUCACAGAUUUAGGAUCUACACAUAAUUUUUUGGACGAAAAGUUGGCCCACAAACUUGACUGCAAAGUAGAAGAAAUUGGUCCUAUGAGAGUUGGUGUAGCCAAUGGUCUUCCUCUGUUAUGCACAAAAAUCUGCAAGAAUUUUGAAUGGCAAAUGCAAGGGCUGUGGUUCAAUGCAGAUGUAUUGGUCAUUCCUUUGGCCAGUUAUGAUAUGGUGUUAGGAAUUCAGUGGUUGUUACCUUUAGGGGAUAUUAUAUGGAAUUUUAAGGAACUUACAAUGCAGUUUAAAGUGGGGAACAAGUCUUAUAUUCUCAAGGGCAGUCAAAACAAUAAGUUGUCAUUUUGCUCAUUGGAAGUGAUGCAUGAGUUAUUGACAUCAGAAAGGCAGGUGGUACAAGGUCACAUCUACAGUCUUAAGGUGGAUGAACAAAAAGACCAAUUCCAGCACAAAACUGUAAUCUCUAACAAUGAAUUUGAUGAUGUGUUUGAAAUACCUAAGUCAUUACCACCUCAUAGGGCUUAUGAUCAUAGAAUAGUGCUUAAGGAUGAGAAUGUUACUAUCUCUCAAAAGCCUUAUAGAUAUCAAGUGGCACAAAAAGAUAUCAUUGAGAAUAUGACUAAGGAACUUUUGGAUUCAGGGGUGAUAAGGGGAAGUACAAGUCCAUUUGCUGCUCCUGUAGUUUUAGUAAAAAAGAAAGAUGGAAGUUGGCGAAUGUGUAUAGACUAUAGGAAAUUAAAUGAUGCAACAGUUAAAAAUGGGUUCCCAAUCCCCUUAAUUGAAGAUUUGUUGGAUGAGCUUGGGGAAGCCACUGUUUUUUCGAAGCUGGACCACAGAUCAGGGUAUCAUCAGAUUAGAAUGUGCCCUGAUGAUGUUCAUAAGACGACUUUUAAGACUCAUGAAAGACACUUUGAGUUUUUGGUAAUGCCAUUUGGUCUGACCAAUGCUCCAACAACCUUCCAAGCCCUUAUGAACCAUACCUGCAAACCUUUAUUGAGAAAAUCAGUUUUGGUUUUCUUUGAUGACAUUCUGGUCUAUAGCAAGAACCUUAAAUAG